UGGGGAUCUCGUGGCCCCAAGACCGCGACUAUAACUUGUUAGCGAGGGCUCUAGGCUGGAAGCCAUAGCCGAGCUCGUAGUGAUAGUGUCUGAUUUGGAAGCGCAAGAAGUUCAAUCCUCCCUAUUGAUCGAAAAUGUCUUGCGGAUCAUGCAACUGCUGCCCGAAGUGUGGCUGCAAGGCCAGCUGCUCAUGCGGCAAGAGGAUCGCUGAUGCUGCGUUCCUGAGCACCGCCGGAGACUUCAGCGGUGCGAACUUUGCCGCCCCGGUUGGAGUGGCAACCUGUGACAAGUGCGCCCAAACCGGGGUUUGCACCUGCGGGAAGAACCGCGUGGAGGGCGUGGACACUUGCGACAAGUGCGCUCAAACCGGGGUUUGCACUUGCGGCAAGAACCGCACCGUGGGUACCGAUACCUGCGACAAGUGCGCACAGACGGGCGUGUGCACUUGCGGCAAGAACUAAGGAGAAGAUCGCUCAUGGAAUUGAAAGAUUACUAUGGCUAAUAUGGAGGCGUGUGUUUGCUUGGCGUGUAGAUCCUCACGCCGGCGCUAAAGCACAGGUCUUCCUCUCCUAUGGUUGUAACACUUGAUAAUAACUUUGGUGGAAAAUUUGUAGCUGUGA